AGCUUUUGACCUCCUCUUCUUUUCAACUCUCAGAUGCUCGGCGGCUGGCAAGUUCUAACCCCGUAUCGUCUCAUCCGCGCCUUAACCGCACCGGGGUAUCUCUCAUCGUUUCCGUCUUGUCGCGCCAACUGUCCAAGUGAAAAAAAUCUUUGUAUUGUGUAGUUGUUACACUUCUUGGCUGAUAUAAACAUAUCUGGUGCACUAAGGCAUCUAUUUCAGAAGGAUGGUACCCAUUAGGAAACUGAGCCACCUGAAGGAGAAAUUUACCUUAUGUUCUUUAAAAUUGAAUCUUGCUAAUUGCAGUGGUAAAAGCCUAUACAAAUCCCUCCCCGUUGAUGCUGAUGGGAAAUUAAAGUUUGUUAGUCAGUUAGCUGGUAUGUCAUUGAUCGACAUAAAUGGACAAUGUAAUUUGGUUAGAUUUCAUCAUUUGUUAUCUCAAUCAUUUUCGACUUUGGGUGGGACAGUCCUUGUCCAGGCUCAGGACCUCGGUAAAAUGAGCGAGGAGAUUGAACACGCAAUUAAUGAGUGUAACCUAUUUUAUGCUUGGGAACUUCUAGAAAGACAUAUCCGAAUGGAUGGGCUCCCCAGAAUGUCAAUUCUGAACAGACUUGUAACAUCAUGUGCAGAAUGUCUAGAAGUUCAAUGGCUUGAAAAGGCUUAUACUUUAGUUGAACAGAUCUUUGAGGAUGGCAAGAUUAAUUUAAUGGAGAAAGAGAGCUUGUUUUAUCUCUCAUUUGCAUUUUCAAAAUGCCGAUUGCCUGUUCCAGCAUCUACCCUUCUUAGGAAGCUUGUUGAGAUAGAAAGGUUCCCCCCUGUGGGUCACUGGUGUGCAAUCAUAGGUCACAUGUCACAAACAGCCUCUGGAGCUUAUCUUGCUGCUGAGCUGGUUCUAGAAAUAGGUUAUCUGUUUCAAGAUGGGAGAGUCGACCCGCGUAAAAAGACCAAUUCACCUCUGAUUGCCAUGAAACCUAAUAUCACUUCGUUCAACAUAUCUUUAGCUGGAUGUGUUCUGUUUGGCACAACCCGAAAAGCGGAGCAGCUUCUUGACAUGUUGCCUCGUAUCAACAUAAAGGCUGACACAACCUUAUUGAUCAUCAUGGCUCAUAUUUACGAGAAGAAUGGACGGUUGGAUGAACUGAAGAAGCUGAGGAGACAUGUUGACGAGGCCCAUGACCUCACCGAUACUCAAUUUCGACAGUUUUACAAUUGUCUGCUUGCAUGCCAUUUGAGUUCUGGAGAUCUUGAAUCUGCCUCCCACAUGGUCCUGGAAAUGCUUCGAAAGGCAAAGAAAGCUCAAAAUUCUCUUGGGGUGGCUAAUUUACUGUUUGAGAGCUCUAAGUGGUUCAAUUGUUCAUCAAACCCUGCACUUGAUGUAUAUGGCGGAGGGGAUUUAAAUAGGGGAAAUCAAGAAAAAUUGCAACAGAAGAUCUUAUCUUUUCAAGAUUUCUGUAGGGACAGGAAGUUUUUAAAACUUCAGGCUGAGGCAGAAGAGCUGCUUGAAGACUUGGUUGUUAAGCUACAAAACCAAAUCAAAUUUAUAACAAGUGAGAAUGGAAUUCUCAAACCAUCAGAAUCAGUAUAUGUGAAAUUAGUUAAGGCCUUCUUAGAAGCCGGGAGGACACAGGAUCUGGUGGCCUUCCUUAUCAAAGCCGAGAAAGAAGAUUCCCCAGUUUCAGUUGAUGAUUCAGUCUUGGUUCAAUCAAUCCACACGUGUAUUUCACUUGGGUGGCUAGAACUGGCUCAUGAUCUUCUUGAUGAAAUGCGUUUGGCUGGUGUUAAAACGGGUUCUUCUGUUUAUUCUUCGCUAAUGAAAGCAUACUGCCAAGAGAAAAGAACAGGAGAAGUAAUGUCUCUCCUUCGAGAUGCUCGUAGGGCCGGUGUCCAAUUAGACACAAGCUGCUAUGAUGUAAUGAUUCAAUCACAGGUUCUCCAUAGAGACACCGAAUCAGCUCUUCAUUUGUUCAAGGAGAUGAAAGAGGCUAAAAUUCCAAGGUUAGGGCAACAUAAAAGGUUCGAGUGUAUAGAUGGUAAAGAAGAAGCCAAUUUAAUGUCAAGACUCUUGCAGGAAAUAAAAGAAGGACAGAAAGUAGAUUAUGGAGUUCAUGACUGGAACAAUGUGAUACAUUUUUUCUGCAAAAAGAGACUGAUGAAAGAUGCUGAUAAGGCUUUUAAGAAAAUGAGGAGUUUGGGCCACUUGCCAAACGCACAAACAUUCCAUUCUCUGGUAACUGGUUAUGCAUCUGUGGGUGGAGAAUAUACAGAGGUUGCAGAUUUAUGGGGUCAAAUGAAAUCCAUUGCGAACUGUGGUGGCAUGAGGUUUGAUGAGGAGCUAUUGGAUGGGGUGCUUUAUACAUUUGUGAGAGGUGGCUUCUUUACUAGAGCAAAUGAGGUUGUGGAGAUGAUGGAGGAACGGAAAAUGUUUGUUGAUAAGUACAAGUAUCGUGCACUCUUCUUGAAAUAUCAUAAAACACUCUACAAAGGAAAGGCUCCCAAGUUUCAAACAGAAGCCCAUCUUAAAAAGAGAGAAGCUGCUUUGACUUUUAAGAGAUGGGUGGGCUUACAUUGAAGAAUGUUUUUGAAUGCUAUCAUGAGUGAGAUUUACUUUAUCUGUGGAUAUCGUGGCCUUGUGGGGCAUUCUUAGAUAAAGUGACCCUGAUCAAACGGUCCUAAACCUCUUGAUUGAAGCUCGGAUUGACCCCCUUUUGUGAAGCUUAGUGUCCAUGGCGCUUUCCAAGGGUUCAUUUGUGGAGACAAAUCAAAGAAAUCAAAUAUGCAUGGUAUGAGAUUCGAUAUGUGCAUAUAGAUGCUGUCAGGAUGUAUUCUUCUGGCUUUCACUCUAAUCCUCAGGAGGACUGGAAGUACAAAGGGAAAAAAAUGGUGAGAAAAUACAGAUUUGAGCGUAGCUAUAUAACAUAAUCCCUAAAUCAAAUGAAAACCGCCUUUGCAAGUCCAUUUCUCAAGCUUAUUAUUAUUAGAGUUCAGUGAAAUGAGGGACGAGCCGGCAAGGGAUGCAUCUUGCCAGUCAUCUGCCUCUUCAAGUGAUGAGAGAACCUCAGCCACACUGUUAUGUGAUUUUGGGGUUCAAAUCUCCAAAAUUUAAAAUCGUACAGGAAUUGGUGUUGGGCAGAACCGUCUGAAAAUUAGAGCAACAAAAAGAUGCGGAGUAAAGGAUAAGUUUCUAAGGGUUACUGUACUUUAAAAUGCUGGCAAUGGAACCUCAACCAGGUCACAAAGUGUUUUGCCCACAGAAUACGUCUCAGCUUGCAUGAGGGUUGUUUUUGCAAUGGCAAUAAGCUGGGAUUUUUGACUCAUUGUCUCAGCCUCUUAGCGAAACUUUGGCUGCGUUUGUAUCAGCGGAUCCGCCAAAAAUUGGAGGGUUUGACCGUGUUGGCGUUUUGGACCGGCAAAACUGCUGGAAAUUUGCGUUUGAUAAACAGCAGCUCAGGAUUAGCGAUUCGUAUGAAUCCGCCGAAAACCAAAACGCUGGGAAUUGGAGCGUUUAGGUUUUGGCGGAUUGAAAUCAUUAUUGAAUUCACCCGAUUGCCCUCAAUUCAUCUUCCUAUUUUCCUAUCGUUUCAGCCGCUUGAGGUAUCGCGUUCAGUGCUUCCUCUCUUCAGCUAGACGGGCUCUGCUUUUUCUCUUCAGCAAUAGAUUUCCCUCUUCAAGGAAGGAGCAGGGUGUGGAUACUUUGCUUGGAAAGAGGAUAUGGAAAUUCAAAAACAGAGGAAAUCCAAUCCAGUGCAUUGCUGUGAGGAGGUCGAGAAACUGAUUUUGAAGUUAACAUCUCAAGUAGAUCAUUUAAAAGUAGCAGUGGAAUCUGGAAUUGAGGAAAACAAGAAGAUUAAGAGCAUCCUAAUAGCAGUUGAAGUGUGUUAUUUAAUAUGUAAUGACUAUGAAAGACAUGUAAUGUACCAUUAUUGUUGACCUUUGAAGUUUAUUAUCAAGUUUAUGUCUUUUAAAUGUGAUGUGCAAUUGCGAAUGUGAUGUGAUCUAAGUUGGUAUAUGUUUGAUAUGUGAGGCUGAUCUUGC